AUGGCAGGUCGAGGAUGUACAGUCUUUGUUGGUAAUGUUGACUUUGAUAUUCCGGAAGAGAAGAUUGUUGAAGAACUUUCGGCGGUUGGUCGAGUGGUGGCUUUUCGAAUGGUCACUGAUCGAACGACGGGAAAGUCUAAAGGGUAUGGAUUUUGUACAUAUGAAUCGCCAAUUGUAGCAGAUAUGGCGGUUAAUAAGUUGAAAAUCAUGCUUAAUAACCGUUCAGUUAAGAUAAAUUAUGCUGAUAAUAAUGUUGCUCCUGUUCAAGAAGAAGCAAAAGUAGAUACAGAAGCAUUAGCUGAAAGUCUUGACCGAAUGGCGCCAGAAGAUGCUAAAGAGAUUCUUAAACAUGUUAAAAGACUAGCGGUUAAUCGCCAAGAUGAACUCAAGAAAAUGCUUCAAAAGAGUCCUUCUCUUCUCUCGGCACUCUUGCAUAUGAUAUUUACUUUGGGUUUGGCCCCGAAAGAAACUCUAGAAGAUCUUCUCCAAAGCUCAUUCAGUGUGACUAAGCAAAAUGCCCAGUUACUCAGUCGGAUUCUCCAGUACCAUGAUUACGAAGUCGAGUCCUUUCCUUCGCCCCUUCGUGAGAAAGCCCUUAAAAUACGUGAGCGUCUGCUCAAACGUUCCCACCACCCCCGAUCUUAA